GUUGUCGAGUCGGGCGGUUAUGACGAGUUGGCUGAGAGGGGAGUGCUUUCCGACCACGAGUUCAAUGAGUCGGACAAUCAGUCCAAAGGAAGUGGGGAUCAGAUGUCGAGACAGACCUCUCGAGUCAACGAAAGUGAAUCGACGGCACAAUUGUCUCAACAAAUAUCUAUGAGAGAGGAAAGUAAAAAGGUUUUGAAGGAGAAGAUGAAGAAAGAGGCGGAUAAUUGUCAAUUGAUUGAUGAAGAGAUACAACAGUUUGGAUCAAUUAAAUUGAGUGUUUAUUGGGAUUAUUUGAAAAGAAUCGGAUUCUGGUUUACAUUAAUUCCCUUAAUUUGUUCGUUUCUCUUCAAUUCCUGUGAAGUUGGGGGCAAUUAUUGGCUUAACAUCUGGUCGUCACAAAACUCAACACAAACUUCUGAGACAUCCAAUAGAACUCUCUUUUUAGGGGUAUACCUAUCGGCCAUUAUUUUGGACACAAUCUUCGUAAUAAUUCUUCAGAUUGUCAUCCGUACCGGUGCUCUAAAUGCCGCCGAAACAUCCAAUAGAACUCUCUUUUUAGGGGUAUACCUAUCGGCCAUUAUUUUGGACACAAUCUUCGUAAUGAUUCUUCAGAUUGUCAUCCGUACCGGUGCCCUAAAUGCCGCCGAAGUGCUCCACAAAGACAUGUUGUAUUGCAUUCUGCGAACCCCUCUGUCCUUCUUCGAUGUGACCCCUUUGGGACGAAUCAUAAACCGAUUCAAUCGAGACUCCGUACCGGUGCUC